AUGUAUUGUACCAACAAUGCAUGUCGUUUCAACAUCCAUACAAUGAAAAGUAAUUUAAAUGUUGAAGGAUCUGUUAAUUGCUCCAACAUGAAGUAUAUACCCAAAGGAAUUCGCUGUCGCAAGCCAAAAUUCAGAUUCAUUUACAAGGCAGCUUUUUACGGUGUCGCAUGCUAUAGGCCUUUCCUCGUACCUGUUCCUGUCAUUGAUGGAGUAAAAACCAAACCGACUCUUAAUGACUUAUAUGUCAAUUACUGGGUCAAACAACGAGAUACAAAUGCCCUGACUUGUACCCGACAACAUAUGUGCCAUACUUUUGACAGUAUACCAAACUGCAAAAUGGUGAUUCAUGCGCUGUAUACUGUAUUUUUUGACAAUCCAGUAAAUCACUUUACAACCAAUCAUCUAUUGGAACAUAUGCGCAUUGCACUUUGGCAAUCUUUAAAAUAUCAGCAGAGUUUGCAGGGCUGUAUCAUUGCACGGAAAAAAGAUGACUGGCAGAGCGAUUCUGAGUGCACUCCACUGCUGCAAUUCCCGACUCCCAUGGUAGUGGAGGAGGGUUUUGUCUGCAACAAACAUGCCGUUCUCUACCAAAUCUCAAACAAUGUUCACAAUUCAAAUGUACAACCACAUGCGUGUUUCUUCAUUGCAGAACACACCGGCCAGGAACAGGCCAUUUGGCAUGCCGUGUGGGAACAGCACACCCCAAAAGGGCCAGAAUGA